AUACAAAUGUGCAUCGUUAAUGUUCAUGGUUGAUGAAAAAUUGAACAACCCAAUGAUAUUUGUGUAAAAGUAUCUAAUGACCGCAGUUAGAUACACGUCACGUGAUAGAUUAUACACGUUGUCCAGUCACGAUCGAGAUUUUCGUAAAGGAAAAGUUCGUUCGUCGUCGUAAUUCAUUAAACAAUACAUUCGUGUUUUUCCGAUAUCAUGCGCAAUGUUGAUCAUUAUCACAUAAUUUAUUAAAUUAUUGAAAUAAUCGUGGGGAAAGUCGCGUAAUAGGCUGACUUGAUCGAAUUUGUUUAUAAUUCUGCACUGUCAUUUUCGAUUUAUUCUAUCAAUUUCUCACUCUCAAAUCUGAUUUCGAAGUGAAGUUAACAUGGACGGUAACAAAGAUGAGGCAGAAAGAUGUGUCGAUCUUGCGGAACGUUAUAUUCGAGAAAAAAAAUUCGAAGAUGCGGAAAAAUUUAUACGCAAGGCACAAAAACUUUAUCCGACCCAAAAAACAGAUGAUCUAUUAACAAAAGUAACAAAUUUAUUAAAACAAAAUGGAAAAAGUGAAUCAGAGCCUACCGUUAGAAAGAGGCAUACCGCUAAUAAAGAAGGCUCUCAAGCACAGGCUACUGUCGAAUAUACAAAAGAUCAACUUGAAGCAGUGAAAAGAAUUAAGAAAUGUAAAGAUUAUUAUGAAAUUUUGGGAGUAAAUAAAGAGGCAACUGAUAGCGAUAUCAAAAAAGCUUACAAAAAAUUGGCGCUUCAAUUACAUCCUGACAAAAACAAAGCACCAGGAGCUGCAGAAUCUUUUAAAGCUAUUGGAAAUGCUGUUGCUAUUCUUACGGAUGUUGAGAAACGGAAACAAUAUGAUCUUUACGGUCCCGAAGAGGAAAGACUACAAAGUAGCCAAGCUCGUCAGACUCAUACGCAUUAUAAUUACACGCGAGGUUUUGAAGCUGACAUCACUGCUGAGGAAUUAUUUAAUAUGUUCUUUGGUGGAGGAAUACCUCAACAAGAAUUUUAUAUGAGACGUACAGGUGGUAGAUGGAUGAGACAGCAAGAAACACAAUCUCAGAGCUCUCAUUCUCAGCAAGCAACUGGAUAUACGACGUUUGUCCAAUCAUUGCUUCUUUUGUUGUUAAUAUUGAUAUCUAUGAUGAGCAGUUUUUUUAUAUCAGAUCCUAUAUAUAGUUUACAUCCUAGUGCCAAAUAUUCUAUAACAAGAAAAACUCAAAAACUUAAUGUACCAUAUUACGUUAAAGAAAAUUUCCAUACCGAAUAUCAGGGCAGUUUGCGUCGAUUAGAAAUAUCAGUUGAGGAAGAGUAUUUGUUGACUUUAAGACAAGACUGUUAUAGGGAAAGAAGUUACAGAGAAGCGAUGUUAUGGAAAGCUCGUAGUUUUCAAGAUUCGGAAAUGUUCGAAAAAGCUAAACGUAUAGAUACACCUUCUUGUACAAAACUACAAGGAUUGCAAGUUCAAUAGCGUAUACAUAUAACUCAUUAGAAAUUGUGUUGUUGUAGAUAAAUGUAUAAUAUAUUCACAAGUACAUAUUUCUUUUGAGUGUGAUGCAGUAUAUUUUGAGUUAUAUGUUUAUAUCUAUUAUCCAUAAAUCGCGCGCCUUGCAUAGCCUGUUAUUAAUUAUUACGUGGACCAUGCAUGAUGUUUGAUCUGUAUCUAUGUCAAAUUGUUAAAUUUUUUUCCUAGAUGAUUAAAUUGUAAUGGCAACUUUGUGCUAUUAAAAUAAUAUUUAAUUUAAAUGAUACAUAUAUAGCUAGAUAAAAGGAUUCAUUUAAAUUUUUGUUCGAUUAUUCAAAUAAUUGUAUAGAGAAUAUCGCCGAAAUACCUUCGUUAAUCGAAUAAUUUUCUUAACGAUUCUGAAAUUACUUUUGUUAUCUUAAACAUCUUUUGAUAAGAAUAAGAAAUUAUUUAACAAUUUUUUUAAAUCCGGUCUCUUAUACAUCAUAUUACAUGAGAAACCGGAUAUGUUGAAGCAAUGUAAAGUUUUUCCUUGUUUUUUUAAUAUAUACAUAUAAAUAUAUAAACUUAUAUUUCGACAAAAGACUCUUCUCUUGGCUGUGAUGAAAGUAAAUGAUGGAUAUAACAUGUUAAGACGUUAUCAAUAAAAGUAAAGGUGUCUUUAUAAGAUUUAAAAACAGGGCAGUCAAGAUUGAGGUUUCCACGAUAAAGUAUUAUUCAUUUCUGCGAUAAUUGUCAAAGCUUGUAUAGUAAAAAAAAAAAGAAUUGAAAUAUUUAUAAUAAUAUAAUAUAUUAAGUUUUAAGAUUAACAGGACAUAAAAAAGAUGAUCUUACAUUAAUAAUAACGCAUAAUUGUUAAAAAACUAUAUAUUUAAUAUAGUUUAAAAGCAUCAUCAUAAUGCAUCUUAUUUUAUUGUAUUAUUUUGUCUUGAACAAUUAAGAACGAAAGAAAGAAAAGUUAUUUCCAAUGAAUAAUAAAAUUUGAUUCUGCAAAUGUAUACAGAGAAAUUGAUAUACAAGAGAAUCUGCUUCUAUAAGAUUAAAUUGAAAAAGUUAAUUCGUUAAUAGAAUAAACCAGUUAGGUAUAUAUCUUAUCGCAUUAUAAACUUUUAUAUGAAAACAGGUGAUCUUGGGAUAAAUAGUAUUAUUGAUGAGAUUUGUACGCAAUUACAAGUCAUAAAGAGAAUGAGUAUUUAAAAAUAAAUAAAUAAAUAAAUAAUGAAAAAUAUAUCAUACAUAGAAAUUAGAUAAACAUUUGUAAGCUCAGAGCAUAGUUCAUCUAUUGUUAAUUAUUUACUUUUAGCUAUUAAAAUAUAUAUUUUAGCGCGACAAACACAUCCUACUCUAUCGGAUUGUGCUUAAAUGAAAUAAAAAAUAACGUAUCCAAUAUUAUACACUAUUAUUUUAAAUCACUUUAAUAUAUAAAUAUGUACAUUUAAUUUUAAUCAUCAUGCAAUGGUUUAGAUCACUUCAACGAGAACGUAUCUUUAGAAAAGUGUAUUGCAACAAAACAAACACUUCUCUUCUUUUUCUUAUUAGAGUGCAAUUAUUAAAUAUUUAAAAUUCAAAUCCUUUGUAUAAUAAUCGUCAUAAUUAAGAAGAAAGAAAGAAACAAAAAUUAUUUUAACGUAUUCGAUUUGCUCACGUUCAUUAUAAAUUAUUUAUUUACAUAUACAAAUUUUAAGAGCAGUGAUUUAUGUAUCACGUAAAUACAUCACCUAAAUAUUAUUAUUAUUAUUAUUAUUACUUGCAACUGCGAAAUAAAGAUAUUCUCAGCAA